AUGGAGGCACGCAGUGAAGACGAAAGCGCGAGCAACAGCAGCGGAGAGUCAAGUAACUCUGAUGACGAGUCAGGAUCCGGGUCAGGCUCUGGGUCAGGGUCCAGCUCCAGCAGCAGUAGCUCCAGCAGCAGCCAAUCAGGGAGCAGCGGCUCAGGAAGUGGCUCUGACUCCGGCAGCCAAUCAGUUUUGGAAGUCAAACCCCAGUAUCCUGGCAGUGCAAAGGUCGGCCAUGCUCAGGAAACAGCAGCUACAACAGCAACAACAACACAACAACAGCAACAGCAGCAGCAGCAACAACAGCAACAGCAGCAGAGCUCUUCAAAUAGCUCAGAUGAGGAUUCUUCCAGCAGCGAUGACUCGGAUGAUGAUUCGUCAAGACAAAAAAGCAAAGGGUCUGGCUCAGGGUCCGAUUCAGACUCGGGCUCAGGGUCCGAUUCUGGCAGCAACUCUGGUUCCGAUUCCUCUAAAGAGGCGGAGGGAGAAAACAGUGACGCUUCCGCAUCAGACUACGAACCUAGUCACAAAGUGAAGAGCCGCAAGCCACCGACCAAGGCCAACGCCAGGAACGGCAAAAAGAGCAAAGCCCAGAGGAAGAAGCCGCCGGGCUCCUCCUCGGACGAGGACGACUAUGACAAGAAGGCGCUGGCCGGCCCGCGGCGGCAGGCCACGGUUAACGUGAGCUACAAGGAGGACGACGAGAUGAAGACGGACUCGGACGACCUGGUGGAGGUGACCGGUGAGGACGUGCCGCCCCCGGAGGAGGACGAGUUUGAGACGCUGGAACGAGUAAUGGACACAAGGAUCGCCCGGAAAGGAGCCACUGGGGCCACCACUACAGUGUAUGCGGUUGAGGCGGACGGAGACCCCAACGGAACCUUCAACCCUCAGAAGGAGGCGGGAGACGUGCAGUACCUGAUCAAGUGGAAGGGCUGGUCCCACAUCCACAACACCUGGGAGACGGAGGACACGCUCAAGCUGCAGAACGUCAAGGGCAUGAAGAAACUGGACAACUUCAAGAAGAAGAAAUCGGAGGAGAGGAAAUGGCUAAAAGCUUCAUCACCAGAAGAUGUUGAGUACUUCAUUUGUCAACAGGAACUUCAUGACGACUUGCACUCUCAGUACCAGUUUGUGGAGAGAAUUAUUGGUCACUCAAACCAGAAGUCAGUGGCAGGUUAUCCUGACUACCUGUGCAAGUGGCAGGGGUUGCCUUACUCGGAGUGCAGCUGGGAGGACGGUGCCCUCAUCGGCAGGAAGUUCCAGAAGUGCAUCGAUGAUUACAUGUGUCGCAACCAUAGCAAGACCAUUCCCUAUAGAGACUGCAAGGUUUUGAAGCAGAGGCCCAGGUUUAUGCCCAUGAAGAAACAGCCCACCUUUAUCUCCGAGGGCCUGGAGCUCCGAGACUACCAGCUGGACGGCUUAAACUGGAUGGCUCACUCCUGGUGCAAAGGGAACAGCUGUAUCCUGGCAGACGAGAUGGGCCUGGGCAAGACCAUCCAGACCAUCUCCUUCCUCAGCUACCUGUUCCAGGAGCACCAGCUGUACGGGCCCUUUCUGCUGGUGGUGCCCCUGUCCACGCUCACCUCCUGGCAGCGCGAGAUCCAGCUGUGGGCGCCGCACAUGAACGUGGUGGUGUACCUGGGCGACAUCACCAGCAGGAACAUGAUCAGGCAACAGGAGUGGAUGCACGUUCAGAACAAGCGACUGAAGCUGAACAUUUUGCUCACCACUUACGAGAUCCUCUUGAAGGAUAAGUCAUUCCUGGGGAACGUGAGCUGGGCCUUCAUCGGCGUGGACGAGGCCCACAGGCUGAAGAACGACGACUCGCUCCUCUACAAGACGAUGAUGGAGUUCCGCUCCAACCACAGGCUCCUCAUCACAGGGACGCCGCUGCAGAACUCCCUGAAGGAGCUCUGGUCCCUGCUGCACUUCAUCAUGCCCGAGAAGUUUCACUCGUGGGAGACGUUUGAGGAGGACCACGCCAAGGGCCGCGACUCCGGCUACGCCAGCCUACACAAGGAGCUGGAGCCCUUCCUGCUGCGCCGCGUCAAGAAGGACGUGGAGAAGUCGCUGCCCGCCAAGGUGGAGCAGAUCCUCAGACUGGAGAUGAGCGCCAUCCAGAAGCAGUACUACAAGUGGAUUUUAACCCGAAACUACAAAGCUCUUAGCAAAGGCAAGGGCAGUACGUCUGGCUUCCUCAACAUCAUGAUGGAGUUGAAAAAGUGCUGCAACCACUGCUACCUCAUCAAGCCGCCAGAUGACAACGAGUUCUACAACAAACAGGAGGCCUUGCAGCACUUGAUCCGUAGCAGUGGGAAGCUGUUGUUGCUGGACAAGCUGCUGCUGCGGCUGAAGGAGCGGGGCCACCGCGUGCUGAUCUUCUCUCAGAUGGUCCGGAUGCUGGACAUCCUGGCCGAGUACCUGAAGUGCCGGCAGUUCCUCUUCCAGCGGUUAGAUGGCUCCAUCAAAGGCGAGAUGAGAAGGCAGGCACUGGAUCAUUUCAAUGCAGAGGGCUCGGAGGACUUCUGUUUCUUGCUGUCCACGAGAGCUGGAGGUCUGGGGAUCAACCUGGCGUCUGCGGACACAGUGGUGAUCUUCGACUCGGACUGGAACCCCCAAAAUGACCUGCAGGCCCAGGCCAGAGCGCACAGAAUCGGCCAAAAGAGACAGGUGAACAUCUACCGCCUGGUCACCAAAGGGUCCGUCGAGGAGGACAUCAUCGAGCGAGCCAAGAAGAAGAUGGUGCUGGACCACCUGGUCAUCCAGAGAAUGGACACCACAGGCAAGACUGUUCUGGACACCGGCGCUGCUCCCUCCAGUUCCACCCCGUUCAACAAGGAGGAGCUGUCGGCCAUCCUGAAGUUUGGUGCGGAGGAGCUCUUCAAGGAGCCAGAGGGGGAGGAGCAGGAUCCUCAGGAGAUGGACAUUGAUGAGAUCCUGAAGCGAGCGGAGACGAGGGAGACUGACCCUGGCCAAUCCAGUAUAGGAGAAGAGCUCCUGUCUCAGUUCAAGGUGGCGAACUUCUCCAUGAUGGAGGAGGAUGAGGUGGACAUGAACCCGGAUCGGGGUCACAGGGGUCAUAACUGGGAUGACAUCAUCCCCGAGGAGCAGCGGCGCCGCCUGGAGGAGGAGGAGCGGCAGAAGGAGCUGGAGGAGAUCUACCUGCUGCCGCGCAUGAGGAACUGUGCCAAGCAGAUAAGCUUUAAUGGGAACGAGGGCCGCCGCAGCCGGAACCGGAGGUACUCGGGCUCGGACAGCGACUCCGUGUCGGACCGCAAGAGGCCCAAGAAGCGCGGUCGACCUCGGACCAUCCCGCGAGAGAACAUCAAGGGCUUCACAGACGCAGAAAUCCGAAGAUUCAUCAAGAGCUACAAAAAAUUUGGGGGCCCUCUGGAAAGGUUAGAUGCGAUUGCGCGAGACGCAGAGCUGGUGGAUAAGUCGGAGCACGACCUGAGGCGACUGGCGGAGACGGUGCACAACGGCUGCGUCAGGACGUUGAGGGAGAACCCCUGUGGACCAGAAAAGACCUCAGGAGGCAGGCGGGGCAAGGUGAAGGGGCCCACGUUCCGGAUCUCAGGCGUGCAGGUGAACGCCAAGCUGGUCAUCUCCCACGAAGAGGAGCUGGCACCCCUCCACAAGGCCAUCCCCGCCGACGCAGAGGAGAGGAAGAGGUAUAAAUUGCCUUGCCAUUCAAAGGCGGCUCACUUUGACAUUGAGUGGGGGAAGGAGGACGAUGCCAGUUUGCUGAUCGGCAUCUAUGAGUAUGGCUACGGGAGCUGGGAGAUGAUCAAGAUGGACCCCGACCUCAACCUCACUCAUAAGUUGCUGCCUGACGACCCCGACAAGAAACCCCAGGCCAAGCAGCUGCAGACGCGCGCGGACUACCUCAUCAAAUUACUGAGCAAAGACCUGGCCAAGAAGGAGGCACAGCGGCAAGCGGGCACGGUAAGCCUCAGACCGUACCUGCGCCGGUCGCGGUAAGCCUCCGACAGCACCUACACCGGCGCUGGUUACGGUCGUCAAGCUGGACACGCUGCGUCUGAAUGACUCGGAAUUUCCACCCGGAAUGGCUGCGUCGCGUUCUGUCUGUGAGGCGGUUCUGUUGCUUAAAGAUGGUGCUUCCCCAAGUUCAUCACACAAGGCAUUCCAUAGCCAUCUUUCCCCCACAACCGCAACAAUCUGUGUUUUAAACUCCACCCCACUCAUACCAAUCACUAGGCCUUGUAAUGGCUACAGACUCUGACAAGAAAAGGAGUCAACAGCAGAGAUUGUAUGUACGCUGUGCCUCCGCGCGGCUUCGUACACCACCAGGAGAGUUUCUGAGUGUUUUGUCGAUGUUGAUUUGCUGAUUUGUUUCGUUUUUCCUUGAUUUUUGUGCUUCUACCAAGUAGGCUGCGUAGUUCAAUGGUUUAUUUAAUUUGUCUGUUUUUAAUUGUGUUUAUUUUUUUAACAAAAAUAAACAAAGUUGGUACA